GACCCAUCCACCAAUGAAUACUGUUUGGUGAUGGACUAUGCCAAGAACCAAGACUUGAGGACCUACCUGAAUAAUAAUUACAAAAAUAUGAAUUGGAUCUCGAAUAAAUUACAAAUCCUUGGUAGCCUGGUAAGAGGAUUAAAAUUAAUCCACGACGAAGGAUUUACUCAUGGGGAUUUGCACUCAGGCAACGUAUUAAUUGGUGAUGAUGAGAUGGCAAUCAUCACGGAUCUUGUUCUGUCACCUAAUUAUGUUGGCGAAGGUGGAUUAACCAAGGAUGAGCCGAAAGGAAUGUACGGGGUGCUCUCAUUUGUCGCACCGGAAGUAUUACAAUGUAAGCCCUACACCACUUUAAGUGAUGUAUAUAGUUUCGGGAUCCUCAUGUGGACUUUGACUUCUGGAACGUCGCCGUUGUCGAAUUUUGAUUUUACAACGGCUCUAGCGUGGUAUUUCAUGGAAAAAGAUCAUGAGCAGUUUAAGAAUUCCGACGAUGAUAAUGGAAAAGGUUUGACGAAACCAGAGAAAACUAAAAAAGUAAUCGCCGAUGAGAAGUUCUACAGCCAAUUUAUCGACCUAGAGGCGAUCUCAAAAAUUGAAAGAUUUGAAGAAUUGGAUG